AUGAUGCGCACCACCGCCCUCCGUGCCCUCCCCCGCGGCACCGUCGCCCGCCAGCUCUCGACCUCGGCCGCUUCCCAGUUCGCCCAGCCCUCCGAGUCGACCGCCACCCCUGCUGCCGGCACCAAGCCUCCUCAGAUCAAGGAGUUCAAGAUCUACCGCUGGAACCCCGACACCCCCUCGGAGAAGCCCAAGCUCCAGUCCUACAAGGUUGACCUCAACCAGUGUGGCCCUAUGAUGCUUGACGCUCUCAUCAAGAACGAGAUGGACCCCACCCUUACCUUCCGUCGCUCGUGCCGUGAGGGUAUCUGUGGCUCGUGUGCCAUGAACAUUGACGGUGUCAACACCCUCGCCUGUCUCUGCCGCAUUGACAAGGACACCUCCAAGCCCGGCAAGGUCUACCCCCUCCCUCACAUGUACGUUGUCAAGGACCUCGUCCCUGACCUCACCCUCUUCUACAAGCAGUACAAGUCCAUCCAGCCUUGGCUCAAGCACGACAACCCCCCCAAGACUGAGAUCCUCCAGUCCCAGCACGACCGCAAGAAGCUCGACGGCAUGUACGAGUGCAUUCUCUGCGCGUGCUGCUCCACCUCGUGCCCUUCGUACUGGUGGAACCAGGACCAGUACCUUGGCCCUGCCGUCCUCAUGCAGGCUUACCGCUGGAUUGCCGACUCUCGUGACCAGGCCACCGAGGAGCGCAAGGAGAAGCUCCAGAACAACAUGUCUCUCUACCGAUGCCACACCAUCUUGAAUUGUACCCGCACUUGCCCGAAGGGGCUCCGUCCAGGCAGUGCGAUCGCUUUCAUGAAGUUGGAGAUGGCGACGGGCAAGAAGGCCUCGCACGGCAUCACCGAGGUCGCCUAA